GCGUUUGGCUGCCAGCCCUUUGAACGUGAGAUUCGGUUUCGCUUUUUUCGCGCUCGCGUACGCACGUAAACAAACAAGAGUUAGGCGCGUCGUGUCGAUUCCCUAACAAGUGUCGCGUCUAUUAUCGCUCAGUCAGUGUGAUCGCGUCGUCGGAUUUCAACGGAUGGACAUUUCCAUGGAUAUUUAGCGCGUCGCGAAGUUGCAGUGAUACUACAUCGCGUUUUUUCAUGGUUCGUGCAUCAAGUACCGGUUCGCAGGGCUUGACACGGGACUCAGUCGUGCGUCGAGGAUCAACGUCGCUAUGGAGCUGCAGGAUUGCUAAUUGAGCUUUCUCUCUUCGCGAAGUCGGAGCGGGGAUCGCACGCGGCCAAUAUGGAGCGAUGGAUCGUGUACAUGGUGAUGCUGCAGAUCUUCGCUGUCGUCGCUCGAGCCGUCGAAGAUUUUCGGCACAUCUCGUACGAAGAUUUAGCGGACAUCAAUAUGUUUCGACAAGAGGGAGUCACGACAUAUUCUCAGCUGCUUUUCGACGUGGCACGGCAGCAAGUCGUUGUUGGCGCACGAGAUAAUUUGUACCGCUUGACGCUGACGUCGCUUACGGACUUGGAGCAGGCCACGUGGUCCGCGCCGGAGGACAAGGUCAACACCUGUCAGAAUAAGGGCCAGAGCGUCGAGGAUUGUCAUAAUUACGUCAAGGUGCUCCUCAGCAACGGCAAGAGCCUCUUCACCUGCGGCACUUACGCCUUCAGUCCGUGGUGCGCGUGGCGAGAGAUCGAGAAUAUAACGAGCGUGACCAGCGAGAUGUCGGGCGUGGCCAUGUGUCCGUAUUCACCGCAUGCAAAUGUCACGGCGCUUCUCUCGAGAGGUCCUUCCGGCGGCCUCUUCGCCGGCGCGUCGACCGACUUCUCCGGAGCUGAUCCUGCGAUCUACAGAACGCUGGCGUCACCGAACCUCAGGACACGACAAUACGAUUCCAAGUGGCUGAAUGACCCGCAGUUCGUCGGCAGCUUCGAGACGGAGGAUCACGUGUACUUUCUAUUUCGCGAAUCCGCCGUGGAGUACAUCAACUGUGGCAAGAAAAUAUAUUCGAGGAUAGCGAGAGUUUGCAAGAAUGAUCGAGGCGGACAGAUUAUGAUGAAGGACGUAUGGACGACCUUUAGUAAAGCCCGUUUGAAUUGCUCUCUUCCCGGCGAAUUUCCAUUCUAUUACGAUGAGAUCCAAGGCGCGGCUUAUCAUCCGGAAGAGGGAGUCAUUUAUGCGACCUUCACAACUCCUAUUAACGGCAUCGCAGGCUCCGCAAUCUGCGCGUACAACAUGACGGCGAUCGCCGCUAGUUUUAACGGGCCUUUCAAGUAUCAGGAAAACGCGGGCGCCGCCUGGGAAAGGAGACCGAUCGCGCAUCAUAAUCGACAACGCUGCGGCCCCCCGUCCAGCACCGCGCCGCAUCAGAUCAUGGACAAUCAGCGGUACCAGUUGAUGGACGAGGCGGUCCAGAGCACGAUGCUGGGUCCGCUGCACACCGCGACCCUCGAGCGAUUCACCCACAUCGCGGUGGAUGUGACGCCGACCAAGCUGCACCGUAGCGUGACGGUCCUCUACGUCGCCACGGCGACCGGGCUGAUCAAGAAGAUUUCCGUUCUGCCGAGAACGCAGGAAACGUGCAUCGUCGAGGUUUGGGGACCCUUGCCCUCGCCGCCGAUGACGAUGCAAUUCCUCAAGGAUACGCAGAGUCUCUACGUCGGCAUGGAAAUUGGCCUCUUGCGCGUACCUGCCGUUCAGUGUUAUCGUCAUCGAAGCCGUCAAACGUGCCUGAAUGCCCAGGAGCCGUAUUGUGGAUGGAACGAGCAUCUCAUGAAAUGUGCGCAGGCACCGAAACAGAAUUAUCUCGCAAAUCAUUGGCAUCAGGAAGUCACCAAGUGCCCAGUGCUCACCGAUCCUGUCGACGGAGGCUGGAGUGCGUGGAGUUCUUGGUCGCCCUGCCAACACGGCAUGGGGGAACAAUCGUCUGGACACGGUCACGCUCACUCUCACUCGCACAGCGAACACGCGGAGAAGAUUGACACGUGCCAAUGUCAGACCAGAGAAUGCAACAAUCCUCCGCCGCAGCACGGUGGCGAGAGCUGCACAGGUGCGCGCGUCAGAGUAACAAAUUGCACCAUUCACGGUGGCUGGACCGCCUGGUCAGCAUGGUCGGCCUGCUCCCAGACUUGCGGUUUCGCGAUGAAAACUCGCCGGCGAACCUGCACGAAUCCGGCUCCUGCGUUCGGCGGGCGCGUUUGCGUCGGUCACGAUCACGACGAUAUCGUGUGCAUCGAUCUGCCGCCUUGUCCUGUCCCCGCCAAAGUUACCCCGCCGCCUCAGAACGGACAGUGGUCGACCUGGGGCCCCUGGCACGCGUGUUCGCGACCGUGCAAUGGCGGAAUACGUAUUAGAAAGAGAACCUGCGAUAAUCCGUCGCCGAAGAAGGGUGGCGUUGAAUGCCUUGGAUGCGAUUUUCAGGUUGAGGAAUGUAAUACUCAUGAAUGCGCUGAGACAAGACGAUAUUCUGGAUGGACUCCCUGGUUGGCAGUGAACGCCAGUUUGCAAAGCGGCAGUACGGGCUAUCUUGAGAAGCGUUUUCGAUUCAGUUGCCGCGCGCAGACGGAUGAUCCAUCAAGCGUGCGAGUGCAACUCGCCAAGGAGGAGGAACGCUAUUGUAGGAAUGAUGGGUCUUGUCAGAGAGGGAAAGACGCGGAAUCCAUCAAUGAGAGCGGCUGGGGCGAAUGGUCUCCUUGGGGUUCAUGCGAUCGUCCUUGCGGGCGGGGUACCCAACAUAGAGUGAGGCAAUGCGAGUCGCCACCAUGCGAAGGCGGCCUCUCUGCGCAGAGUAGAGUCUGCAACCAGCAUCCGUGCCGUGUGAAUCCCGGCAGUGGCAACACGGCAGAGGGGCAAUGGUCGUGUUGGACGGAGUGGUCCGAGUGCUCGGCGACCUGCGGUGUCGGCGUACGUACUAGAACGAGAGAGUGUCUCGGUCCAGAGAGCUGCAGUGGUCCCCGAUUGGUUAGGGAAACCUGCGAGAUGGCCAGCUGUGAAUCGUUAGCCGGUUGGGACACGUGGUCGCGUUGGACCCCGUGCGACAGCGAUCAUCAGCAACACCGGAAACGAACAUGCCUUCUGCAGGGAUCCGGCAUGUGCGAAGGGCCGACCCGCGAGACACGCGAUUGCCUUCCGGAUUGCAUGGACAACGAUGUAAACGCCUUGCCUUCAAGUGUGGAGAGUUCGGGCGUGACAGUGGGAGCAGUAGUGGGCAGCUGCGUAAUCGGUUUUGUCGCCGGCUUGGCAUUAACAGCGAUUCUGUGCUUCUUCUACUUGAAACGACGCAAACCGCGCAUGCCAGGGAAUCCGCAUUAUAUCAGUAAACAAAAUCCUUACGUCACCGUGCCGUUGAAAGAGGUAAACGCAAAGCGACAGCCCAGCUUUUCGGGCAGCACCAACGGAAACGGGACUCUACGCGGUAAAAAUAAUCCCAACGUUAACGGUCUUGGUAGUCCCAAGCUAUAUCCGAAGAGUCUUGAUUACGAAUCCGCCACUCUAAAACGUAACAGUCACGGCCAGCAACAUAUUCGUGCCGAUCUCGAUCAGGACAAGUACUACUGAACGAGUCAUGCGCACGGAGUCAUGCGAAUAGUGCAUCGUUUCAUUUGUGCUCUGUGUCUUUCCGAUCACGUGUGAUCCUUGUGGAGGUGAGUCAUAUGUAACAUUGCUGACCCCGAAUGUUAAUUCAUUCCAUGCAUUUGGCAGCUGAUAAACCUUAUCGAUCGAUUAGCGUUCGAUUGAUAUUAAAAGGGACACAUGUGUGAUUCGAGGACUUCCGCGUUCCAGGAAGAGUGUAUUUACUUAAUUAAACUAAGGCGAUCAAAGAAGCGCCUCUCUGCAAGACUCUAUGUUUUUAGUGCUAAUAUUAGUGAUAUACAUGUUCUCCGCCGCAUUUGAUAGUUAAUGACAAUGCUGCGAUUGACGGUGCAAGUCUGAGAUUGUUUUAUAUUGAACGAAGAUGAGAAAAUUCGAUACGUAUUUCGGUAAGGACAUGGUGAUGUUUUUUUUUCGCAAUUGCCACGUUUUAAGGUACAGAUAAGUAUGCCUCAUAGUCGAGUGGCAUUUUUCGCGACGCCUCGUUUCCGGAGCGACGCAAUAACUUCCGGAGGGUAACCCAGAGAAGAUCAUUGUUUCGAGAGAUUUUAUAAGAGUUUAUUUUUGUUUCUGUAUAUAUAUGUAUUCCUUCCACCCCCAAAAGAAGAGAGAUAAAGAAUGCAAACGGACGAAAUUGAGAAGUAAUUUUGCUCAUGCCUGGGCAUUCAACUCUUUGAUUCAUUUGUAUAAAGUUUCAUGAUCCCUCAUCCCAAUGUGAAUAUUUAUAGGUAAUAUACUUUAUAUAUAAGGUUAUUUCUGCAAGAGAGAAGAAAACAGGGAAACGCGUCUAUUACGCUGCGAUUACAUAGACGAUUAAUCUAUUAAGGAUCGAUUGAUUGGAAGUUGUACAAAUACAAAAUGUGUUAUAUAUAUUCGUCUUGAAGAAAGAAAGUUUGUCUUUUAUGUUCUUAUUUAGGAGAAUUAUCGAAUAUUUUAUAUCGAAUAAUGUAGUGCCAUGAUACGGAGUUGUAUAUAAAAAUGCAUCUUCUUAGUUUUAUGACGAUGGAACAAAUGUGCGUACAUCAUAUGCGUGUAAAAUAUAUGUGUAACAAUAAACACAUACGUUGCGCGACGAUUGCGUUUAUAUUGGCUCACAUUGAGUCGCGUGUAUGCAUGCGACCAUUAGAAUAAUUUACCUCUUUGCUUGCCGCGAUGAGCAAAAUUUCUCAUUUGGAACUUAGAAGAAUGUCUUCCAAGAUGCUAAAUUAAAAGUUUUCGAUCGCGCGUUAAUUAUCUCCUACGUACGAGACAAUCAUGUAAUGCUAUGGAAAGAAUGUAAGAUAAUAUGCAAAAGAUAUAGGAAUCUUUGACAUAACGUGUGAUGCUGUAUAAGAUAAAGUACCCGUUAUCAAGGUCACGUGUAUAUGCGAUUAAUAAGUACUGUAUGCGAUGCAUUUAUUCGCGCAUUCAUUUGCAAUAAAUAAAUAUUCUCCUUUUUAA